GCCGUUCGGUAGUGGUCGGGGCUUCCUCGCCGCGGCCCGGCUGCCACAGCUGUCUGCCCUCGUCAGCCCCCCGCUCCCUCCAUCCCCUGGCGUGGGGCGCGGUAAAUACCGCACACCCGAGUCACGGCUAAGAAUAAACUGUGGCACAACAGCAGCCUCUCCCAACCUGAAUCCGCCUGGCUCUGCUUUGGGAAGAUGACCCAGCUCGUGACUUCAUGCUAGAUGCUCUAUAUAAGCCGAGGAAAAAAACAGGCGUCGGCAGAGCCUUCAAUCGAAGCCGGCAAACGACCUCGGGAGGGAUUCCAGCCGAGUGAGCACCGCAGUUAUGUCACAGCCAGCCCCUGUGAAAAAGAAGCGUCCUCCAGUGAAGGAAGAAGACCUCAAAGGAGCCAGAGGAAACCUUUCCAAAAACCAGGAAAUUAAAUCCAAAACCUACCAAGUGAUGAAGCAGUGUGAGCAAAUGGGCUCUGCAGCACCCUCCGUGUUCAGCAGGGCCCGGACAGGGGGUGAAACAGUCUUUGAGAAGCCGAAAGAAGAGCCAGCCAAAAGCGUCUUCGGCUGACGGCGGAGCUGGAUGUGUCCCACCCACGACUGCUGUCGAACUUCCCUGCAUUUCUGCCCUUGCACUAAAGUCACUCUAGACCCGAGUAGUUAAUUUACACUGUAAGUCAUUAUAGUGGGCAAUAGGCUCAUGUCGAAGGGUACAACUUACGUCUUGAUUUCUACUGUGUGCCUUCUUUCUAUGUCUUGAAAGGAGUUUGUUACAAAGGUUUAAUAAAAAAAAACGUUUGUUGGA